AUGCUGAGACUCCUCCCAGAAGAAGCCUCUGCCGCCGGCUUUCUCGACAACAUGAACACUCCCCACACGUUUCCCCACUCCCGCGCGUCCACCCCCAGCGAGGAGUGGACCUUCGUCGACGGUUCUUACACCGAGGCGAGGUCGCCCCAGCUCAUUCACGACAAUAUGCCCUCGGGCCAAGUUGCCAACGCCUCGGCCGACGGCACACCUUCCUUCAGCCUGUCCGAAGUGGCCAUCGCCGACAGCAACAACAACACCACCAACAACGACAGCCCAGGCGUCGCCCACAGGCCACCGUCGAACGUCUCCACCGAGACGCCCGGCACGAACGACACUACCCGCACCGUCACCGACCGCCCCCGCACCGCCCCCGCCCCCGUCGCAGCUACCCGCUACACCCCCGGCCUUGCCCAGCAGAAGUUGACCCACCAUAACAUGGCGGUCUACCAGCGCGAGCUCGAGCAGUCCCGCACGGACAACCUCGCCGACUGGGCGGCCAACGCGGGCAUGGGGUCACGCCGCCCGGUGGGCAGGGCGCCGUCGUCGCACCCAUCGUCGAGCGUUGGAUACAACAGCAGCGUGCUGGCAGUAGGCGGGCACUCCAUGGGGAGUCGCGGGAGCAGCAGCAUCGGUGGCGGCGUGGGCGACUGGGCAUAUGUGCAGUCGCCCAUGCGGGGCGAUGAGGAGGUCAAUGCUGCCGGCGCGUGGUGCUACGAGACCACCAUCCCGCUGUGA